AUGGCCUCCUACAAAAAACGGCACCCUUCGCUGUAUUUGCUCAAAACAAACUCAAGCGUUCAGUUCAUGCCAUCUCAGGAUUUCGAACUGCAACCCCAAAGCGAAGGGUCCCAGACGGCUGGCGAGUUAGCGCCGGACGUAGAGCGCAUGCCCAACUCGCCGUCUCUUAGCUUCAAAUUCCAUUCCAAGCGAUUAAUAGUGCUACCGUUGGCAAUAGUUCUGUCAUGGUUGAUUGUGGGACUCUCCGUAUGGCAAUUUCAAAGUGGUCGGGUUUCCUUUUCCAAGCCAACAGAGCCGGACCGUGAGCUUGCGCCAAAUAGAACCUUUAGCAUGUCCAAUAUCCUUGACGGCGACUUCUCAUACUAUGAUGUGCCGUUCUCCUUCAUCUCUCAAGGGGGCCUUUAUCAAAUUCAAGAUACCGAUCCGGGUCUGUAUUUGACCGUGGACGACAGUAAUGGAACUCCGAAGUAUGUUGCUCGCCAACUCGUCGAUAGACGGUUUUACGAGGAUUUGGGAGGCAUGGAAUUCAAAUACCGCAAGCAAGAGUUUAAAGUUUCCAAACUUGAGGUGUCACACAGGCUAGAUUUUGCAAUCAUUACAUCGGAUCGGGAAAAAGAGUAUAGACACUCUUCCCAGGCUUAUUACUGGCUGAAAGAUAUUAAAAAAAGCAUAAUAACACCAAUAAAGCCUUUUGCAGACGAUGAUGACCUUUACAAACUGUCAUAUGCACGGUUUUCACCGUCUCGGAACUUCCUCUAUUUUGUUUACAACCAUAACCUUUACAUUCGAAAUGUGUUCAGCAAAAAUGCAAUGCAGAUAUCAUUCGAUGGAUCCGAGCAUAUUUCGAACGGUAAACCGGACUGGGUUUACGAGGAAGAAGUUCUUGCAACUGAUCAGGCAGUUUGGUGGGCACACGACGACUCGAAAUUAGUCUGGGCCCGCUUCGAUGAUUCCAAGGUCCAAGAAGAAACACUGCCUAUCUACAUUAACGAUAAGUCGUACGAUGACUUUGAAAAAAUAUCCUAUCCGAAACCUGGAACGCCUAAUCCUGAAUUUUCACUCUUUUCCUACAAUGUGAUGACAGGCGCAUUACACGUAAUUCCACAAGCAGAAGAAAAUGAUCGAAUCUUAUACCAUGCACAAUGGCUGGGCUCCAACUAUUUCAUGUUCAAGGACUCAGACCGUGCUUCACAAAUCAUGGACGUCAAAAUUCUAGAUAUGGCCACAUUUUUUGUCUCGACGGUACGAACGAUAGACGCUACUUCUUAUUCAGGGUGGAUUGAGAAAAGCCGUGAUGUGAAAGUAAUUCCUGCCAAGGAUUCUACGGAAAGGAAAGAACUAGGCUAUGUUGACGUUCAAGUCGAUGACAAAGGAUUUUCCCACCUUUUUUACUUCCCAACCGUCUUUUCUCAGUCCGGCCAUCAGCUUACUUCAGGGCCUUGGGAGGUAACCGGCAAGGGGAUUAUAGGCUACGACUAUGGAACGGAUGCAAUAUUAUUCCUUUGUAAUUCACAGAACAGAUUUUCUCAGCAUCUCUUUCUUGUGCCGAUAAGCACAAACCCUGAUGGUAAUAUACAGACCUUGCAAGAUCCCAAAGAAAAGGACUCUUUUUAUGAUUUUGAAGUUAGCUUGAGCUGCAGGUUCGGAGUCAAGCGAUAUCUUGGCCCGAAAGAGCCCAUGUCAGAUGCAGGAGACCUCACCUCUCUACUCCAAAAUGAUCAGUCAAGGGCAAUAACUCAAUUGACGAGGAAUACAAAAAUGCUUGAUGACUUGGAAAGAUAUGAUCUACCAUUUGCAAGUCAGAAAAGCUUAACUUUAGAUGAUGGCGUUGAAAUUGAUUAUAUCGAAACUUUACCUUUCAACAUGGCCUCUAAAUCGAAGCAUCCUCUUUUAGUUCACGUCUAUGGUGGUCCUGGCUCUCAAACUGUGGAUUCAAAGUUCGCUAUGUCUCUUGAAGAAAGUUUAGCUUCGAGUGAGGGAGCUGUGAUUUUGAAAAUAGAGCCAAGGGGUACGGGAGGUCGUGGUUGGAAUUAUAGAAGCUUUGCUAAGGGCCAACUAGGAUACUGGGAACCCAGAGAUGUUAUCGCUACUGUAAAAGAGUACAUCAAGCUUCAUGCGGAAUAUGUUGACACAGAGCGUGUUGCUAUCUGGGGGUGGUCCUACGGUGGGUUUGUUACUUUAAAGACACUUGAAUUGGAUGGCGGCGACGUUUUCAAGUACGGUGUCGCGGUUGCCCCUGUCACUGAUUGGAGAUAUUAUAAUUCAAUUUACACUGAAAGAUACAUGGGGUUGUACGAGAGUAAUGAAGAUAGCUACCUGGAAAAUGCAGUCGUCGAAAACGUCUCGAGAUUCUCAACAGUCAACAGAUUUUUGUUGAUGCAUGGUAGUGCAGAUGAUAACGUCCAUCUCAAGAACAUGAUGCGGCUGCUGGACAAGCUGAAUCUCAACAACGUGAAAAAUUAUGAUAUGAACAUUUUUCCAGAUUCUGAGCACUCGAUCGUAUUCCACAACGCUGGAAAAUUGAUAUACGAGAAGAUUUAUUACUGGUUGAAAAACGCAUUCGAGGGAAAUUUCGAUCACUUAGAGUGA